ACGUCUUAUGUACGUUCUUUGUGACCCACGCGUCAGCUGGUACAGAGCAUUCUGUUCUGUGAUUGGCUAGUAUCUCGUGUGUGCUCAGGCUGGGACUGUUGUCAUUUCCCUGAUUCCGGAGUGUUGCUAUUCGCUUGCCGAGAGAGUUUUGCGUGAGGUCCUUCUGCUGGAUUAAAGAUCAUGGCGGCCGCUGUAUCUCGCUUCCGAGGGUCACUUCUCGGGGCCCUGCUCGGAGACUGCAUAGGGGCUGUGUUUGAGGGGCAUACUAAUGUCACCAAGGAAUUUUUAUUCGAUUAUAUGAAGUCGCUGGACAAGGGAGAGAGACUAAAAAGGGUAUUAACAUAUACAGAUGACACGGCCAUGGCGAGGUCAAUUGUACAGUCAAUACUUGAAAACGACGAAUUUGAUGUUGAUGAUCUCGCAGACAGGUUUACCACAGAAUAUUAUCGUGACCCUGACCGUGGGUAUGGAAUGGCUGUUGUUCAUGUCUUUGAGAAGCUGGCCAGUGGAGAAUAUAAAUAUGUGUUUUCACCAGCUAAGGAACAAUUUGAUGGUAAAGGCUCAUAUGGAAAUGGAGCAGCCAUGCGAGUAGUAGGAAUCCCAUUGGCCUAUCCCAGUAUUCCAGAUGUCAUAGAGUAUGCCAAAACUAGUGGAAUGCUAACACAUGCAUCAUCUCUGGGCUAUAAUGGGGCCAUUCUCCAGGCUCUAGCAGUGCACUAUGCUUUGCAGGAGGAGCUCACACCUGAGACAUUCUUGGAUCAGCUUUUGGAUCACAUGAAGGAAGUUGAAACAGAUAAGAAAUCCCGUUCAGAUGCCCUUGAAUUAGAAAUGGAUGAAUUCCCUUACUGUAAAAAACUAAAGAAGAUUAAAGUAUUUUUAACACAAGAAGAUGUCACACGGAAGGAUAUAAUUAAAGAAUUAGGUAAUGGUAUUGAAGCAUUAGAGUCUGUUCCAACUGCAAUUUACUCAUUUCUGCGAUGCUUGAAGCCAGUGCCAGAGCUGCCUUCUGAACUUACCAACUUGCAGCGCACUAUUGCUUUCUGCAUCUUGCUUGGGGGGGACACAGACACCAUUGCUACUAUGGCUGCAGCCAUUGCAGGCGCUUACCAUGGAGAAGAGCAGAUUCCACUCAACUGGAAGCUUUCGGCUGAGGAUUACAAAGAUGCAGAGGAUUGGGGCGAGAAGUUACAUCAGUUGUACUGCAAGCGGUUACAAAGUACCACUUCCUAACUUGUGAUAGAUGGCUUUGGUUAAAUAGAAUCAGUAUUGUUAAAGUGAGGACACCCCUUUUUGUUUGGGUGAAGAAGAGUUACUUCAGAGGGACUCUUAUUUGGGCAAUGCUUAAGUCCUGCUCAGCUACUGUAGCUUAAACACUGGGGCUCAUUUAUAAACUUCGUUCAGGGCAGAUUGGUUUGCACAGUGAAUAUAUUUGUCCCGCGCAUGGUUAUAAUUAUAAGCCGUACUUGAGCAAAGAAAAAGGUGGCGCUCCGAUAAAAAAUAGCUGCUUAUUGCAACAGGUCACAAACCAGCAUCGCCUGACGCGUUUCGGGAACACCUCCCUUAAUAAUAGGCUUAUUAUAAAGCUGAAAAGAGUGUGCAAACAGAAUUGCAAAAUAUAUUUUGCAAUGUGAAUGUCUAUAACAUCUUUUUAAAUAUGCAAAAAUCGCAAAUUUUCAUGUGCACGCUUUGGUGGCGGAGAAAAUAUCCGCAAAACAGUUUUGCAAAUUGUGAAUUUAAGUUACUGUCACACAAACACUCGUCUCACUUGUGAGCCAUUUGCCAGAAUUCAUUCGCAAUGCGAAUUCGCAAAAACUGGAAAGCCGGGCACAGCAGUGCAACAUUUUAGCAUUCAGGAAAAAGCAUUGCCAAUACAACCAAUCGCAAACAAAUAUGCGCUGGGCAAACUUUAUAAAUGACCCACUAUGUUGUUCUGUAUGGUCAUGUCCCACUGAAAAGAAAGGUUGUUCUAAAAAAAACAAAAACAUGACUAUCAUUUUUUUUAUAGCUCUGAUUUAGGAUUUUCUUUGUGCUGAUCAUCUCUUUAGCUGGGUUAAAAAAAAGCAACAGUUUUCACUUAAAUACUAUCUUAUAUAGCAGUGAAAUCUGCAUUAAAUGGACCACCCUUUUCUGUGACACAGUGUACAGUGUCAUCACCUCUGCUGUUUUUAUAUUUUUCCUUAUGAUGGCCUCAUUGCUUUGCAGCAGGCAAAUUCUUUAGCCUAGACAUCUUAGCAUUGCGAAGUUUACAGCAACUGAUUGCAAUCCAGUCUAAAUAUCAAUAUCCUACCAACCCUUGCUUAUUUUUAGUUUUUUUUGGAAAUGUGCCUCCUGAAAAUAAAUUGCAAAAAAUAUAAUGUCGCCUAUUAAGAGGUUAUUCGUUGGUCAGCAAUAAACAUCUUCUAUCAGCAUGUGAAAUUUUUAGACUGGAAGAAACUGGAUUGCACAUGCUUGGUUCUAGCAUAUGGCACUUGAAUGCCUUUUGCUUCAUAUGAUUGUAUAGACAUCAAUACAAAUUACUAUAGUGCUUACAGCUUCAAUGUACUUCUAAGUUUUAAGUGAAGCAGAUGCAGAAACCUUUUAGUGCCACUAUGUGGUGCUCUUAGCAUAAUGUUUCUUAAAAAAAAAAACCCACUGCAAAUGCUUUUGUAUAAAAAUACCGGUAGAAUGCCAUCAUUUUGCUUUUAUACAAAAUUGGACUUAGGGAGCCAGAGUUCUAAAAUAAAAUACAUAAAGAGUGACCUGUGAGUUUCUAUCCAAGGCUUCUUUGUUUUUGUCAAACUCUUAUUUCAUACGUUUUUCUCUGAUUAUAGAGUCAACAAAUGACAGAGUGGUUUCCCCCCUGAGAACCUGGGGCAAUCACAUUCAUUGUUGUUGCUUUUGAGUGUUGUCUGUGUUCUCUUGUGAAAGUUGAUCCGUUAGUCUAGCACUUAAUGGGUUCUGAUGUAUUUCCCUCAGAGGAAACUGCAGUGGGCCCUCUUGAUGGUAAACUUAAUGGGAAUGACAAAAAUAUUGAAUUGUUGCAGCUUUCAUUCCUUAGGCAAUAAAUGGUAAUUGCUAUUGCUGUUUUUUUUGUAUUUGCCCCAAAAAAAUAAUUCCUGUAUACUGUAGGAUGCACUGAUUCUAGGAUUGGGAUUCUGCUCAAUCCUAUUCAAAUUCAUAUUCAGCCCAAUCUUGAGUGUUCAGUUGAACCAAAUCCAAACCCUUAAUAAGACUUUAAAGAUCUGGAAAACACAAUGUGAUUUUAUUUCACAGUUGAUGCUGAAUUUUUUGUGGAGGAUUCAUCGUUGGCCGAAACCAGAUAUUUUGAAUCACAGCAUCCAUAAUGGAAAGAUCCAGAACAACUCUUUCUUAUGAAAAUUAGGUUUUCCUAUCAAGAAAAUAAUGAUCUUUGAUAUGAAAACCUACACAUUGUAAUAUCAGUAUUAUUAUAAUUUUAUUAUAAUUAUUACGCGAGUAUCUGGCCUGCUGCAGAACUCUACCUCCAAGUAAUCUCAAUUAGAAGUGAUCCAUGAUGGCUACAUCCAUUAUUAUCAGAGACAAAAGUAGCGUGCCCAGAUUUGAAUUGGCAAUCUGUACAUUCUGGCAAAUUCCAGAGGAGCUGCUGUAAGAUGACAUUGACUGUCAUUAUUUAUUGGACCUUUCGGUGGCAGUUUGAUAUGGCACCUUGCCUUUUGAACUCUCGUGUGCUUAUGACAACUCUAUUUAUUUUAUUGUGUCUCGUUUGAGAGGCUGUAGAGAAUCCAGCUAAAUCUAACAAAAUUGUGAGUCAUGUUUAUUAUUAUAUUUAACACUGGCUUUUCCAAUAGAACCCAUGGCUCUUAAUUAGUAAACCAAUAUGAGCAAAUUAGUGUUUUACAAGAGCUGAUCACCCAGUAACAGCAGUCUAACCUAAUAAAGCACAUGUAUUCAGAGCCUAAAUCAUUUAAGGUGUUUCUUUACAAUACUACUAAAGAACAAAUCGUUUUUAGAAAAAUCUGUGCCUUUUGGAAAUUGUUCAGAAAUGUGGAUAAUAGUAACAUUUCACUUUAUUAUACUAAACACAGACUUGAAUCAUUAAAUGAAAAAGUUUUUUACUGAGUAAUAUAAUGUAUAAAUACACCUUGAUGAGGAGCAUCAGUUUGUAAAAUAAAAUGUUGCCUUGUUACAUAGAGAUAUGGGUAAAUGCUUAGCAAUCUUGUCAAUAAAAUUAAACUAAUUGUA